GGGAAGACUGGAGGGGCAGCUGGUACAGCAGCACAAGUCGGGGUGAUUUGUGCAUCAAUCGGCACCGUGACUGUCCGGAGCUGAAACUUGCACAGACGUGCUGGGGCUUUUUUGUUGACUGUGUCUAUCAGGGCUUUAUUUUGCUUGGGAUGCUUGUUUGGGGCUUGCUUCCAGGAAGAAAAUUUGACUCUGUUGUUAAAAUCUUGUUAAAUUGCUGUUUCUUGUGAAUAAUCUGGCAUCUUGUCACUUUUCUUGGGGGUUUAUUUGCUGAUGUUUGUUGAAGUGCUGAAAGACAAGUGAGCAAGGAGCUGAGGAGCUUCACCUGGUGAAGGAUAAUGGCAGGGAACCAGAAGAGCUGUGUCUUUAAAAGCAGCAGCAGAAGCAGCAUUAAGACUCACAGGCUUUUUCCAUGUCUCAUUAACUCUGCUUUUCCUUGAGGGUCUAGGCAGAGCAAGCCGGCAAUUAGAGCGAUGAGAAGGAGAACUGGGUAUUCAGGGAGGUGUGUGAAGGUCUGCAGGAUGAACGCCGGGCUGCAGAGAGGCUGCGCUGACCCAUCUGCGUGCAGCUUGUGUGGGCUGCUACGCUCGCCACAGAAAGGAGCGGAGAAGAAAACAAGUGAAACGGAGUCAUGAGGGAUCCCAUCUCCUCAAUGCUUCCUCUCAUCCCCAUCCCAGACCCUGUGGAAUCAAACUAUGGAACAAAGACCCUGUGGGAUUUCUGUCCUCCAAGCAUCUGUCCUGCAGUGACCCGCACAUCGAGGGCGAGCCGAGCUCCUGUGUCCCCAGCAGCGCUCCCAACCACUUGCCUGCAGCAGUGAGAGCCAACGGCCGGGAGAAGCCAGUUGCCAAAUCCCCUGGCAGACAGCUUCCAGGGCAAACGGAGGGGCUGGGGCCAAGGUGCCAAACUGCAGCUGCUGUCCUAGCUGGGUCCCUGCUCUCCUCCAUCCUCCAAGCCACCAGGGUCAGAGCCCUGCAGGGCUCCCCACCGAUGUCGCUGCUAGAGGAUGUGAUCCUGGAGAACGUCAGCUGGGCUGCCGAGGAAGCGCAGGGCAACGAAUCCUCAAAGCACGCGUUUUUCUCUCUGGAUUAUCAGCAUGUCCAAGUCCCCUUUGAAAUCACGCUCUGGAUCAUGCUUGCAUCCUUGGCCAAAAUAGGGUUCCAUCUCUAUAACAAGCUGCCUUCUGUUGUUCCCGAAAGCUGUUUAUUGAUAUUCGUAGGACUCAUCAUGGGGGGAAUCAUCUAUGGCUUAAAUGACAAGUCACCGCCCGUUAUGGACAGCGAUAUCUUUUUCCUUUACCUUCUACCACCCAUCGUGCUUGACGCAGGUUACUUCAUGCCCAGCCGUCCCUUUUUUGAGAACAUCGGCACUAUCCUCCUGUACGCGGUGGUGGGGACGAUAUGGAACGUGUUUGGGAUCGGCUUUUCCCUGUACGGGAUCUGCCAGGUGAAGGCGUUUCGCCUGCAGGACGUGUCACUGCUCCACAACCUCCUGUUCGGCAGCCUGAUCGCCGCCGUGGACCCCGUGGCUGUGUUAGCCGUCUUUGAGGAGAUACACGUCAACGAAAAGCUACACAUUUUGGUCUUCGGCGAAUCGCUCCUGAACGAUGCGGUGACGGUGGUGCUCUACAAGCUAUUUCGAUCUUUCUGUGAAAUGCCAACCAUCAAAAGUGUGGAUGUUUUUGCUGGAGUUGGAAAAUUCUUUGUGGUCGGACUAGGAGGAGUGUUAGUAGGUCUUACUUUUGGGAUGACCGCCGCCUUUACCACGCGGUUCACCAAGGAUAUCCGGGUCAUCGAACCGCUCUUUGUCUUCCUGUACAGCUAUCUUUCCUACCUCACUGCCGAGAUGUUCCACCUUUCGGGGAUCGUGGCCAUCAUUGCUUGUGCCAUGGGCAUGAAACGUUACGUGGAGGCCAACAUCUCUCUGAAGUCUCACACCACAGUCAAAUACUUCAUGAAGAUGUGGAGCAGUGUCAGCGAUACCCUCAUCUUCAUCUUUCUUGGAGUUUCCACCAUUGGAGAAAAUCACGAGUGGAACUGGCCAUACAUUUGCUUCACUGUCAUUUUCUGUCUCAUUUGGAGAGCACUAGGGGUUCUUGUGCUGACUUUCUUUGUGAACAGAUUUAAUGUGAACACCAUCACCAGCAAGGACCAAUUCAUUAUCGCCUACGGGGGUCUCCGAGGAGCUAUUUGUUUCUCUUUGGUUUUCUUGCUCCCUGACUUUCACAGAAAGAAGCUUUUCAUUGCAGCGACAACUGUUGUCAUCCUCUUCACUGUGUUUGUACAGGGGAUGACCAUCCGUCCUCUCGUUGACUUGCUGGCUGUCAAGAGGAAAAGAGAGAGUGCUCCCACAGUGGGAGAGCAGAUCCAUAUUCGGUUCUUGGAUCAUUUGCUGGCUGGCAUCGAAGAUAUAUCUGGACACUGGGGACAGUACUACUGGAAAGACAAAUUAGAAUAUUUCAACAGCAAAUACCUGCAGAAGAUCCUACUUCGAGAAUACGACCAGCCAAAAUCGAGUAUCGUGCUCCUCUAUGAAAAGCUGGAGAGGAAACACGCCAUUGAGCUGGCAGAAGCAGGGCAGCUGGGUCAUGCUGCCUCUCACCCGUCCCUGCUCAACAACAGGACUGUCAUAUCGGACAAAAAACUGGUGGAUGCUCUGAAUCCGGAUGUCCUGGAAAACAUACAGGAAAUAUUGGCAAGGAACCUGUACCGAAUAAGGAGAACGGGACCGGCGUACAACAGGCAUACCCUGCCCGGGGAGACCGAGCCCGCGGAGCAUGCCAAGGAGAUCCUGAUCCUCCGGCACAAGAGCCUGCGGGUGGAAGUGAGUGGAGACGGCACGGGCAGCUGCAGGAAGGAGAAGGACGACUCCUACCUGGCGCAGGGUGACUCCAGCACGCAGCCCAAGCUGUGCCGCUCCUUUACCGUGGGGAAUGUGGAAAAGGUCCGGGAAGUGAAAGAGAACCGGUCGAAGUCGGUGUGUGUCAUCCCACCGCCGCAGCCCAGUGGGACGGCCUGCGCUGAGAAGAAAGAAACGGAGAAAGAGCUGACGUUGGAGAUGUGAAAACACUGGUAGAUGGCUUCCCACGAGGGAUCUGGCUGUCUCGUGGCUGGCUACUAUACAUGUAGAUAAUGUAAAUAAGACGCAUAUUGAAAAGGACAGCACAGACAGGGCAAAACAUCCUGAGUGGUUGGCAUCGAACGUGCUCUCGUUGCACAGUGCUGGGUUUCUAGAGGGAAAAGGGGCACAGCUGAGCACUAGCAAGGCAAGGUAAUGUCCGAGGGAGAAUUUCUUAGAAACAUCUGGGAAAAUUGUUGAAACUGUCUACGACUGCAAGAAAGGGUGUUUUAAUAAGGUGAGAUAUCGGGUCUUCUCAUUAGUCAGCAGGGAUGGAGUAAACAGCAGGGAGCGUUUAGGUUAUACGUUAAGGAAACUGUGGUCUCGAGGGGGGUUUCAUGGGGCGCUGGAGCAUGCCAUCUGAAAGGCAGCAGAAACAGUGAAAGAUCUUUCCUGCUCCUCAGGAACUGAUGGCUCCUGACUAUGAAUGCUCAUCACCUGAAAUCCAAAGCCAAAUCAUGUAAUUAAGUGGGUGUCAUACCAGAGGGACUGUCCUGCACCUAGACAUGGUGUUCUUUUAAUGAAAACUUACUACAGCUGCAUUAAAAAGGGGAAAUGUAUUGUUACUGAUUUUGUAAAAAAAAUAUUUAAGGAACGGCUCGCCUCAAAAAGUAAAUCAGGGAAGCUCCAAAUCCGCUGGUGAUACUUUUGCAAGCCUCGUGCGCUGCGGCUGGCUGGCUGCAGGAAGCCUGCAAGGGCUCACUGCAUGAUCUCUGCUGCUGUGGCCCAGAGCUGCAGGGGCGGCGAGGUUUGGAUGCAUCUGCCCAGAAGAUGCGGCAGAGAGAGGGACCCAAACCCUCACUGCUGUGGAGCACUUCUGCCAGGAAGGUGCCAUCCCCUCUGCAGGGCAGGUGCAGGUGACCUCCAGGGGUAGUACCCGAGGGAGACGGGUACCUCUGCGUUUGGGUAAUGCUCUUUGAAACUCCAGGUAAGUGUUCAAGACUUUGAAUCCUCCUCCUUAGCUGAACCUGAUAGGGUAAGUUUUAGCAUUGUAAAUGUUGAAAUUCUUUUUCUUAUUUCCCUUCCUCUGCAUUGAAGGAUCCAAGAAUAUUUAAUCUGAACAAGUGGUUCCUUCUGAAAUAAAAGUAAAAGCAACUGUAGGAAUUUGCGUGCUCCUGCCCAUGAUAUUUUUAGACUUCUAGAGUUGAUCUCCUGUUUGCAGAAAUACUCGAGGAGACCACUGCCUAGUACUCUGGGGCUUUAAUUUUAAAUUAAAGACACAAAAUUGUGUGUACUUGCUUUGCAAUGAUGUGGAGGUCUCAUUUUCAUUUGAACAAACUCCUUUAGUGUCCUGACAUAAGCUGAUGUAGUUAGCUUUGACGUGAAGGCCAUUCUUCACUGCCCCACUGCUGGAAAUUCACCUCAUUGCAAAUGAAAAUUGGACCUUUUAGCCUUAUAUGUGUAUUUUGUGUGUGUAUACGCUUAUAUAUAAGAGUUUAUUGAUUUUAGUGUAAGUCCAUUGUCAUCUUCUAUGACUUUAUUGAAAUGUUGGCUUGUUCCUUAGUUUAAUUCACCUUGCAUGGGAGUCGUGUGGAUUUGACUACACAGUUUAGAAAACUGCCUGUGCUUCAAUAUGUUGUAAUAUACAACUUACACGAACGUGUUGUAAUGUACUACGUUUCUAUUUCAAUUAAAGAUGCUGUAUUAUGAAAUCCCCUCAGUUAUUACCUCCUCGCACCUGCAGCACGCUCAGGCUGACGUCAGGGUAGCAGUGGCACGGGGGGUGUCUCUCUGGGUGCCACCGCCCCGGCACAGCAAGCCUGGCCGAUCCGCUUUGAACAGUGGCGCAUUCAGCUCUGCCCCGUGCAGCCCUUGCGCAGCGAUCACAAGAUCACCAGUAAGGCAAGCAGUUGUAACCAGUGAGAAAAAUGGGCUGUUCAUGGGCGUAAGCAGUUGCAUACAAGUUCAAGGGAAAAAAACCCUGAAUCUGAAGGUCCUUGGCUAUCUGGGGAUGGAAUGUCCACCCUUUACCUCCAGUUUAGUGUCCACUGUGUUUAAAAUUUCUCUUUAAGUUCUGCAGAGUAAAUAGCUAUAGAAAGAUUUACUAAGAUGGGUCACUUUUAUCCUGUAGCUGGAGAGCAAAAAUGAAAAUAAAUCAAGUUGCUUGCCAAGGAGUUUUUAAAUUUUUUUUAAAAAAAUCAAGGAUAGAUACUUUGUGAAUCCCUUGGCCAA